AAGAAAUUCUUUAGAAAUGGAACAUGAGUUAACACCGUCUAAGAAGGUCGCAGAAGGUAUUCUUGAAUUAAAUUUGACAAAAGAAGAACUGGAAGCAGCAAAAAAUGCGAAAGAAACGCUUAUUAAGCUAAAGAUCAAAGCUAGAAAAAACAAAAGUGACAUAAAUGGAUCAGAUCUAGAGGAGAAUGCUCUUAAUAUAAUGGAGGAAGAACCUUUAUUAAUGGAGAAUAAAAAACGAUUUGUUCUUUUCCCUAUUAAAUAUCACGAAAUUUGGCAAAUGUAUAAAAAAGCAGAAGCAUCUUUUUGGACAACAGAAGAAAUAGAUCUUUCAAAGGAUCUACAUGACUGGGAUAAAAAAUUGAAUGAUGAUGAGCGGUUUUUCAUUUCUCAUGUCCUUGCUUUCUUUGCAGCAUCAGAUGGGAUUGUGAAUGAGAAUCUUUUGGAACGCUUCAGUAAUGAAGUGCAAGUUCCGGAAGCACGUUGUUUCUAUGGAUUCCAGAUUAUGAUGGAAAACAUUCAUUCUGAAACGUAUUCACUCUUAAUUGAAACGUAUAUUAGAGACCCGGGCCAAAAAAAGUUUCUUUUUGAUGCAAUUGAAACAAUUCCAAGUAUAAAAUUAAAAGCAGAUUGGGCACUUCGAUGGAUUGCAGAUGAACAUUCAACCUUUGCAGAACGUUUAGUGGCGUUUGCUGCAGUAGAAGGCAUUUUUUUUAGUGGUUCUUUUGCAUCCAUUUUCUGGCUUAAGAAACGUGGAUUAAUGCCUGGAUUAACCUUUUCAAACGAGCUUAUUUCACGUGAUGAAGGUCUUCACACGGAUUUUGCAUGUUUGCUUUUCAGUCAUCUUCGCAAACGACCAUCAAAAGAAACAAUUCAAGCUAUUAUUGUAGAGGCUGUUAGUAUUGAGCAAGACUUCCUUACGUCUUCUCUGCCUUGCCCUUUACUUGGAAUUAAUGCCAGGCUUAUGAAACAGUAUAUUGAGUUUGUUGCUGAUAGACUUUUGGUUGCACUUGGCAAUAAUAAAUAUUACAAUGUUACAAACCCUUUUGACUUUAUGGAAAACAUUUCAUUACAAGGUAAAACAAACUUCUUUGAAAAACGGGUAUCCGAUUACCAGAAAUCCGGAGUUAUGGCUAGCAUUAAAAAACAGAGUGAUUUCGAACUUAUUGAUGGUCAUGUUUUUUCAGUUGAUGAGGAAUUCUAAUACAUCAUCUUUUAAUUGUUAGG